AUGACUUCAUUCGAUCUAAAAACUGCUGUGAGUCUCCUGCCUAGUCCUUAUGAUACAGAGGAAACUACCAAUAAAUUAGUCGAUGCUAUAGAACUGUACGAAUCCGUGCUUAAAGCUGAGGACAAACCUGCAUUAAUAAAAUUUGUUCUUAAAACACGCUUAACGAGUAGUGCAAAACUGAGAUUAAAUAAUAGUUACGAUUCAGUUGCUGAUUUGUUGGUAGAUAUCAAAAGACACCUCCUUACAAUACAAUCUGACCCGGCACUUCAAUCAAAAUUAUUUCGUGCAAAGCAAGGCCAAAAGUCUAUCGAAUCUUUUGGAAAAGAAUUAGAGUCACUUUUCGUUAAUUUGACCAUAUCCCAAGCUAAUGGCGAUAAUGAUUCAUUUACAAUAAUAAAACCUAUUAACGUAAAAAUCGCGAUAAAAAGAUUUUCUGAUGGUCUCCGAGAUCAAAGAUUAAGUACAAUAAUUGCCGCCAGACAUUUUCCGUUUUUGAAAGAUGCUAUAAGAGCAGCUCAAGACGAAGAAACCAAUUCGUUUAAUAACAAUAAUAAUUAUUCUUCCCAAGUUUUCACAUUUAACAGAAGGGAAGGAGGAAAUUUUUCGAGAAACUUCACAAGGGGCUCUUUUUCAAAUAGAAAUUCCUACAACCGAAAUAAUGAUAGGCGAAAUUUUAAUCAAAAUAAUAAUCAUAAUAGCGAACAUUACCGACCCAACAAUUCUAGGAAUUUCAGAGGACGUACAUUCACCCAAGAUUCCGGAAAUAGGAGAGGUUCGCGAACCAACAGACAUAACUUGCACUUUGCUGAUGUGCUUAACCCAGGUCAAGUGCAAGACGCACGAGAAAAUACUGAACUCAGGUCCGCAAUGCGACGAAAUGAAAAAGAAUCGUUCAAGGGUUUGCCGAUGUUUUAUACUGUGUGUGAUAAAAAUAAAGAUGAAGAAAAAAUUAGGGCACAAGAAGAAGAAGAAGAAGAAGAAGAAGAAGAAGAAGAAGAAGAAGAAGAAGAAGAAGAAGAAUAA